AUGGAUCGCUCCAAGAAACCCUCCGCCAUCGGCGUCGGCGGCUCGCUGCCGCAGCCUACCGUCUCCAUUAAAGACAGCACCAUCGAGGCCAGCCUGCCAUCCGGCGAAUCCGUCACUGUCCACCUGUACGGCGCCACGGUUACCUCAUGGAAGGCCAACGGCCAGGAACAGCUGUUUGUCAGUGAGAAGACGCACCUGGAUGGCUCCAAGCCCAUUCGUGGAGGUAUUCCACUUGUUUUCCCGGUCUUCGGCCCUCCCCCUCAGAACCACGUCACCUCGUCACUCCCCCAACAUGGCUUCGCACGUAACUCCAAUUGGGAGUUCCUGGGCAAAUCAUCAUCUGAAUCGGCGGAGACCGCCGGCCAGGCCAAGGCCGACCUCGCAGUGAAGCUGGACUUCGGCCUGUCUCAUACCAUGCUGACAGAGGAGUUCCGUAAGGCCUGGCCGUACGAGUUCGGUCUGGUCUACAGUGUGACUCUUACCAAGGACACAUUGGAGACUUCGCUGCAGGUGCGCAAUGAGGGGACCCAGAACUUCGACUUCCAGGUUCUGAUGCACACCUACUUCGACAUCGGGAAUCUCGAGUCCAAGACCUACGUCGACAAGACACGCAACGCAAUCUCGCAAAGCGAGACCUCCGCCGCGCUUGCAAUCACCGAGGAGACCGACCGCGUCUACCAAGACUUGGACCCCGCUAAGCCAAUUAUUGUAUCAUCGGCCGAGGAUGACAAGACCAUUUUCUCCAUCACCCGUGAGGGUCUUACCGAUAUGGUCGUGUGGAACCCGUGGAUUGAGAAGGCUAAGGGCAUGGCGGACUUCGGUCCCGAUGAGGCGUACAAGAAGAUGCUCUGUGUCGAGGCUGGAUCUGUCUCUGCCUGGCAGACUCUCGAGGCAGGUGAUGCCUGGGAGGGUGGUCAAAGCAUCAAGGCACGACUGUAG